AUGCCUCAAACUCCCACGGUCGAGCAACUUGGAUCGGAUGCUGGCCUAAGACCGCACUCUUGUUUGUCAUGUAGGCAGCGCAAGGUCAAGUGCGACCGACACACUCCUUGCUCCAACUGCGUGAAGGCAGGGAAGCAAUGCAGCUUUAUUCUCCCUGUUCGCGGAAAGCGGAAGAGAACCAAAGUUCCCAAAGAAGGACUUCAUGCCAAAUUGCGACGAUAUGAAGAGCUGUUGAGAUCAUACGGUGUUAACAUUGAACCCGCUGAGAUUGAGGGCGACCACUCGGAUUUGGAGGCAGGAUCACAGGUUGACAUGGAGACGGCUGAGGAUACCGGGUAUGAAAGAAGAGGCGAGAUUGCUUCUAUUGGGCCCGAAGAAAGAUUCUUCAUUGAAGGCGGGUCAUCUAGAUAUUUCGAUAGUGCUCCUUGGUCUAACUUAGGAGACGAGUCUCAUCAUCCAGAAGAAGGCGGCAUUGCUGAGUCCGCAGACGGGUCAAAUUUUUCCGAGUCUGACCUGUUUGUUGGUACCCCUGAGCCAACUGGUCUUGUGCUGAAUGCUCACUCCCAGGUCGAAGAUCUCGCAAGCCUUCAUCCUUCGUUCCAGAUUUUGCCAAAGCUGUGGGAAAUUUAUGUCGAUCGAGCGGAUCCUCUAAUGAAACUCUUACAUCUUCCGACCUUCAGGACCUCGCUAACGAAUGCACUUCAUCAUCCCCAACACAUUUCGAAAAGUCUGCAGGCACUACUUUUUGCUUUCUAUCUUGCUACCAUCAGCUCUUUAGAAGAAGAUGAAUGCCAAAGUCUACUCGGCGGACCGAAAUCGAUCACCGUUACGAGAUAUAAACGUGCAGCCCGCCAGGCUUUGAUAAUUGCGGGAUUCCUGCAAACCUCUAGCCCGAUAACUCUUCGAGCAUAUGCAAUAUUCAUUAUGGCUAUGAGAAGCAGCCACCGAAAUGACACUCUGUUCGUCUUAUCUGGGGUCGCGGUAAGACUUGCGCGCAAAAUGGGUCUUCACCGAGAUGGCGUUUCUCUUGGCCUCUCUCCCUUUGAAACUGAAAUGCGAAGACGACUUUGGUGGCAUAUUGUCCACAUGGACUUCCGUUUAUCCGAUGUCUUGGGCACAAAGCCAUCCUCAGACCUUUUUUCUGGCGAUACCCAGCGGCCCCUGAAUAUCGCUGACGAAGACUUCAGCCCUGAUAUGGUGGAUCCCCCGCCGGAGCGCAACGGGAUCACACCAAUUGUUUUUUGCCUAAUCAGAUGCGACAUCAUAGAGUUCAUACGCAAACUUUCACCGCCAUUCGCGGAUGAUGUUCGUUUGGAAAUAAUCACCAGCUCUGAUAUCACUCUCGCCAAGAAAGACACCAUGAUAAGCCAGCUUGAGGAUCUUUUGGAAAAGAAAUAUCUGCGGUAUUGCGACCCUACAAAUUCGCUUCAUCAGUUCGCAUCAAUCAUAGCUAGGUCAUCUAUAUGCAAGAUGAAGCUAUUUGCUCACAACCCUCGACGAUUCGCCAAGCACGGCAUAAAAGCCCCCCAGAGUGAACGAGACCUUAUCUUUGCAAAUGCAACAAAGUUGUUAGAGUACGUCAAUUUGGUAAGAGGGAAUCCAAUUUUCGACAAAUACAAGUGGCAGAUUGGCACGAGCCACCUCUGGAAUACAAUCCUCUACGUUCUCAUCGAAGCUCGACACCGCAAAUCAGGACCGGAGAUCGACCGAGUGUGGCACCUGAUUGGGGUGGUGCUCUCGAAAUACCCACAAAUGUUUGAAGAGGAAACCGGUGCUGUGUAUACCACACUUGGCAAAUGGACACUGGAAGUUUGGGACGACUAUCUCGCUGCCACGCAGGCCGAGGGCCUUCCGGAACCCCAAACGCCUGAAUAUAUCAACGCGAUCCGUUGGUCCCGGCGACCCUCAGGAGGCCCUUCGUCUGAGUCAAAAGCUCCUGCAGAAUCCGGACACGUUCCAGCGAACUCGACCGGCUAUGGCAGCCUUCAAUCUCCGGGACAGGAUGGAGAUCGUCUUCCUGGGUUCGACCCAAUUGCCUCCUAUGACUUCGCUGAUUUGCUGUCUUUUGAAGUGGACCCGAAUCAAUGGGCGCGAUGGGAUGCAGCCCAGCUGUUGCCUUGA